ACGAUACUACGUGACGUAAACGUUACAAGCCGAGUUGUGUGCAAUGGCGGAUGUGCGUUUUCUCCUGUAAAUAUUCGAAAAAAGCGCCGUUACUUUAAUUAAACACAUCAAAGGGACCUGCGACGUGCACGGGCGACGACGGCAGAUUAUCGAGUGAUGCGAAUUGCGUAAAGUGUGCCUCCGCAAUCGAUCAAUUCGCGCCUGAAAAACCCAUGGACGCUAUGAUGGAGAGCGCGGUCGAUCCGCUUGCGAUGGACACGCCGACAAACGGCGAUUCGAACGGUUCUCUAGACCCAGCUACUGGUCAAGUUAAACUACCCGAAUGUAGCACUGAAGUGGAUAAUGUAAAUGAGGAGUUGCUGAAAAUGGACCAAGCUGUAGUUGAGGAAGUUGCUGCUGCUGUAAUGCUUGAAGAAGUACCAAUGAUGGAUGUGCCUAUGGUUGAGAAAGGUAAUGAUUCCAUGGAGGUAAUCACUGAAUGUGCCACCGAAGCACAUUCAAAUGUAGUUCACCCAGAAUUUGUUGAAAGUACUAUUCCUGCUGAGGAGGACACACAUAUACUUCAUGUACAAGAGACUCAUGAAGAGAUAAUCCAAGCUGAAAUGGCUGAGAUUCAUCAGGAUCAUGAUGUGGAGCAGAGUGCAAUUUUACAAACAAGUGACACCAUUGAUUUGCAUCUACAACUUGAAGAAUCCACUGAGUCAAUGCCCAAUGACUCUGAAACUGAGCAAGACGUUGAAGGAGAAAUGAUUCUGGAGGAAACUACAGGUGAAUAUGUGUUGGCAUCAUCACUGAAAACAAAGUCGGAGGUUCCAGAGAAGAAAACAAAGAUGGAGGCUGAAGAUAUGCAUACUGUUGCUAAAUUGAUUGAAGAGAAUUUAAAGGGUGGCGAUAUGCAACCAGGCGAACAACUGGUUGUUGUCACUUCGGAUGAGAAAGGUAACACCAAAGAAGUGGUGCUCACACAUACCAAAACUGUAACUGAGAAUGGUGUGACUAUUCAGCAUGUUAUUGAUGAGAGUGGUGAGGUGUAUUUGAUUGAGACUCUUGAUAGUGCUGAGGAGAUUGAAGAGGAAGAUGCAGCAAAUAUUCCGGUAAGACCAAGAAGAAAUCGGAAGAAAUUACAAAUUCCCAAUCAUGUACUUGGUCGUAACAUAAUCAACCCCGUCGAGGAUACUUUCCGCAAUGGCAAAGCACCUCCAAAACCAAGGUUAGGUGUAAAAAUACCCUAUAGGAAUCUGACAAGUCAGAUUGUCUCGAAGGCAGAGAUCGCCGAGGAGAUUCUCGAGCGUUCUCGACGUUUUAGUCGAGAAAACCCGCGCCAGAACAUGUUUGCACGCAAGUUGACACAGAACUUGGUGAAGAAACUGCAGCCAAAAGAUGCCAAAGGACCUAUUGGUGUCACUUCACUCACCAGGGGUAGAGGUCGUCCUGGUGCAGGUAAAGGCAAGAAAGACGGCGAUAAACUUGACAAUUCUGACCUGCUUGCGAUUUUGGAAGGUGAUGAUGCAACUACCGAGUCAACUGCGUCCGAAGAACCUCAAAAAGACACAAAAGAAGAGAUGACUACAGAGAAAGAACGCGAGAUUGCUUUGAAACAACUCAGCGAACUUCCAGAUGAUCCCCCAGAACCACCGAAGAAACCCGAUGAGGAGCAGGAGCAGCCCACUGAGAAGAAACCAGACAAACGUACCAGCGAACGCGGAGUUAAGUCACCGUUCACCGGCAGCGCCCCGCUUAAAACCUACGGUCGUAAACGUAAAACCUCUGAGGAAGUACACCAACUCACUAAUCCUAAACCCUCUGCUCCCAAACAGGAAAGUCUUACCCAGAAAGCGCAAGCCAAAGCGACUCCCAAUCCCUCGAGCCCCGAUACCCCAGCAACACGUGCGUCCAGGUCCAAUUCGUCCGCAGCGAUCCUCCCGCAAAGCCCCGAAAACACGAAUAAUUACGUCACUAAGAGCUCCAGAGUUAUCAAACGUAAAGUCAUCUGGGAUCCGGAUGAAGCAUCACCUAAGAAAGGUAUGAAAGUAGAUGCCACGCCCACAUCUAAAGACGCUAAGAAAGAAGGGAAAAAAGUCGGCGCCGAAGUAAAGAAAGACGUCAAAGUUGUGAAAGAUCCCAAAAAAGACGCUAAAGAAACACCUACAACGAGGAGAGAAACUAGAGAACUGAGAAGUUCCGAAUCGCCCAACAGAAAAUCAUCGCAGCCAAUUAUGCAACCCAAAGAAGAGCCCAUCUCGGACUCUGAAGUUGAAACACCGGAGAAAGAAAAACCCACAACGCCUGUAAAAGCAAAACGUCGUUUGAACGAAGUCACAAAACUGUUGAUGGAUGAAGGCGCUGUUAAUAUGUUGUAUUCUAUCAAGAAUGACGAUGCGCCGACUACGCGCCGGGGAGAAAAAUCACAGCAAACGAAAGCAGACGAGAUUCUAAACGAAUUGAGCGCGUUACACACUGGUCCUGCUGAUAGAUCAUCACCGAAAGCACUUCGUAAGAAAGAAAGCAGUACGCCUGCGCCUGCUCCACCUAAAACACCUAAGAAGAUAAUGUGCCCGCCGACACCGAGUCCGAUCUCCAGGCAGAGGUCGAAGGACUCAACUCGUAGCUCCGUACAUAGUCCGCCACCAUCACCGGGGCAAUCAUUUGGUGGAAUCGAAUCGCGGAUUAUUCGUAGGCAUUCAAGUAGUUCUUAUUCGAGUAUGGGUGAGGAGGAUGAUGCGGAUGAGAGGCGGGUGAAGAAGUUAGAAGGACGUGGAAGGCGGCGGGCACUACAGGCUGCUGUGGAGAGUGAUAAGAAGAAGAUUAAGAUUGAGCCCGGGAAGACUGCGAGCCCUCCAAGCGCCAAAACGAGCCAAAUUAAAAGUAAAAAUGAUAACUUUGAGAAGCUGGUGGAGAUCAAACUGUCGCUUUCAGAGAAAUACAAUAAGUACAAGACGUUUACAGUUAGUUCUUUGAAUAAACUGGUGCAGAUUGAUCUGAAUGUGAGCACUGUUGAUGAUAGCAGUGUUUAUUUAACAAAUGAGGUUAUGUCUGAAAUUACAUCAAUUCUUGCUGAUUUGGAGGCUGAUAGAAGCGUGAAUGUUGUGCUUAUCACGUCAAGCGGCACGAUUUUCUGCAACGGGCUGAAUUUCAAGUCGCUGGUGCUACCCAAGGAGGCGUCAAGGAAAGCCGCGGCGAAGAAAUUAGCGAAAUCCGUUAGCGAUUUUCUCUUGUGUCUGGCAAAGUUUCCCAAAGUACUCGCCGCUGGAAUUCACGGCGAUAGUUUUGGCAUUGGCGUGACGAUGUUGCCACUGUUUGAUAUGAUUAUCUCGCAUGAAGAUGCAACGUUUACGAUUCCCAAUGCGAAAUUAGGUUGUAUUGCUGAAGGUGGAUCACUGCUUCUGCUGCCGCAUCUUUCACGAAAUGUUCUCGUCAAUGAGUUGUUAUACAGUUCACAGACGUUGUCAGCAGAAGAGGCAAUCAAACUUGGUCUCGUCACGAAGAUCCUCACAAAACAUACAUUUGCGAGAGAGUUAUUGAGUACUGUUAAGGGUGUUUCAGAUAAAUCUGCACAGUUUAUGGUUUCUACAAAGAAACAACUACGAAAGAGGAUGAUUCCUGAUAUAACGAACUCGCUCAGCGACGAGACUGAGAACCUGAUUGAACAAUGGACGAGCGAGGAAUGUCAGAAGAGUUUCACCGAGUACUUUGACGCUGAAUGACGCCCGCGUCACAAAACAUGCAAUAAUUAAGUCGUCGUAAAAUUACUGAGUAGGAAAAUCGUAAAUUUUGUGAACAUGUUCCUGCGGACAUCUUCGAUAACGCAAAGUGUGUUAGAAUUUUUGGUACAAAGAUUUUAUUAGAUUAGAAUGGCGCAGAUAUCGGCGUAUCAAGAUCUAGGACGGAAAUAUUUUUAUACCUUCGAUGAAAUAACGAUAACUAGGGAGCUAUACGUUCAAUGUUGCAUUCGUUUCAAAUCGUAUUAUUGUCGCGUUUAACUUUUUUCAAAAGCGUCGUAUAUAUUUUCAGUUUUUUUUUUCGCUAGAUCUAGAUAGUUAUAUAUUUAGAAGUUGUAAACAUGUUUUAUUUUAGAUAACUUUAUUCAUUUGGCGCGCCAAGUAAUUUAUUCUGACGCAUCAAAGGUAAUUAGCGAAUUAUUUUGUUUAGUUUAAGUAAAUUCUACGAAAAAAACAAUUUUAAUUAAUCAUUGUUUUGUUAACAUUUUAUUUCGAUGAAAGUAGUUUGAUAAUAUUUAAGAACGUAUGUUUGUAGUUUGCGGAAAAAAUUUAUAAGCAACACGUUUUUAAAAUGUGUUCGGUUUUUAUUUACUAGAGUUUGCAAUACGACUAAUGGUAUAUUAAGUAUCAAGUGUGUUAAACGCCACUUUAACCACGAGUGCUGAACAACGUUUAACAACUUGAUGCUUAUGAUAUUAUUUUCUACUUCCCACACUUUUUGUGUCUUUAAAAGGUGGAAGUAGAAAAAAAACAUUUUGUGUGGGGAUGUGGAUUUGCUGUCGUUGAAUUUGAUUGACGAAUUGGCACUGAUGUUUAUGUCUUAGCACUUGUUCGUGCGACUGUAACGGAAGCCUGAUUAGAGUUUAAAGCUACGAAACUACUAAGAUGUUUAUAGUUUAAAGAGUCGUUGACGGUAAACACGAGAAAAAUGGGAAGAAUUUAUAUUAUAGCGAAUGGAACAGCGCAAAUGCCCGGCGAGGAAAUAAUAUUAGUGUUCAAAUGUUUUCAUUGAUGAAAAAAUAUAAGUAUCGUUUCAUUGUUUAUAGUUAUGAGUAUUUUCACUAUUCAUUUUGUACGUUUUGGACUAUCUGAUUAAAUAAAAUGUCUAAUCCGAA